CGAGCUGAAGUAUUAUACAGCACUCUUAAGCUCAGCAGUACGGCGACGCUCCUCUUUUUCGAUAUAGCAUAAGCAACGCCUUUUCUUAUAAAGAAUGCCGCACGUAACAUUAUAUCCUUUAGAAAACUAUACAUUUGGCGCGAAAGAUGCACAACCGGAAGAAGACUCGUCGGUAGCGGCUCGCUUAAAACGACUAGAAAAUGACUAUGAAACGCACGGCAUGCGACGGACGGUUGAAGCUGUCAUGGUGGUUCAUCAACAUAACCAUCCUCACGUUCUUAUGCUUCAAAUCGCUAAUGCAUUUUUCAAACUACCCGGCCACUACUUGCAACCAGGCGUAGACGAACGUGAAGGACUCAAGCAGAUUUUAAACGAACGACUCGGCCCAGCAGAUCCAAAUGAAUGGCCCAACGAACCACAGUGGGAAGUUGGUGAAUGCUUAAGCACAUGGUGGCGACCCAACUUUGAAUCCUAUAUGUAUCCUUAUACUCCUGCCCAUGUUACCAAGCCUAAAGAAAAGAAAAUGUUGUACUUAGUGCACAUGCCACCACACAAGGUGCUCACAGUACCCAAAAACAUGAAGGUCCUGGCCAUCCCAUUGUUUGAAUUAUACGACAACGCCGCGCGUUACGGUGCGCAAUUAUCUGCGAUUCCCCAUUUACUGAGUCGAUACGACUUUGAAUACAAGCCAAUGUAAAUAUGUCUUUAGCUUCUAAUAUAAAAAGGGCCUCUUUUGCUCUUUAGGCGUCUUCAGCAGAGUGGUUAACCUUGGGGUUAAAGAAGAGCGAAUCCUUGCCCCAGAAGUAGUCCUAGUCAUUUUAUGUUUCUAUGAGAACUCUUGUCGGUUUGUUUCCACGGUAGUCUAUUUUUAUAGUACCUUGACGCGCCAGUUCAUGUAUGGGUACUGCACCCAUUCGUGCGGGUGCUCGGCCUGAUGCUUUUCGUGGGCCUUCAUAAGGUUGUACGCAUUGAUACCAGAGCCCAAAAGACUAACGAAACACCCCAGUUUGCAUGAGCAACCUUCUUUUUCGCUAAAGAGGAUAAAAGAGUUGAAAAGGACUUA